GUGCACAAAGUGGUUCAAAUGCGCUAACAAUAAGUUGAACGAACAUGUGUGACCGCGCUAUAUUUAAAUUCGCAAACAACUGACCCAGUUCCUCUUGUUUAUAAACCAUAUCUCUCUUCCUCACUGGUCGCAACAAAGGACAAGGCAAAGUAUCAGCGGGAUCAACACUUAACUACCAAUACCUCAAUGUCUGUUGAAUCCAUUAUCAGUUCAGUACAAUGCCUCAACAAAGACUGCGCGAAUCAUUUUUCGAGAUAUUUUUAUUAUUCCUCAGAAGAAAGACGCCACUUUUAUGAGUUCGUUGCGCAUUUAAACUAUUCGCCAUCUAUAUAUAUAUAUACAGUUUUUUGAAGCUUCUCCACCAGGAGCCGCACCGAAAUAAUGCUGGCGCUAAAAUUAGCUCAACUCAGCAUACGAAACGGUUUUUUGCGCUGCUUGCACCAAACCGGGAGUGUGAUGUUGAGCAAAGAAAUCGGAAAAGUUCAUCAACAUCCCGACGAGCUUGGUCAAAGUAUCAAAUCAGCUGUGGACACGUUGGAGCUUUUCGAUGCGCUAUCACAGCAUGAGAAAAUUAUGAACAGCGAACUUGUUAUGCAGAGUUUGAAGACGCUUUUUACUUUGCAGAAAAGUGGAAACUCAUCGCUUCAAACAUCACAAAUAGCCGCUCAUCCACAAUUCGAGAAACUGUGUCGUGACUUGCGUAGAGCCUCACGAUCUCUAGAAAUAAAUGACAUCAUCCAAUCACUGAAAAUCCUUUCAUACAUCGGAAUACCUGCAAACAGCAACAUUAUGCACAUCCUCUUAAAUCUGCUACGAAAACAAAUCAAUGAUAUCAGCUUAGCGCACAUUGUAUUCCUGGACUUUUUACUGAGAAAAUUAGAGAGGACUCCUCUGGUCGAGGCUCUGCGAAUGGCCCUGCCAAUGCUCUUCCAGAUUCAGUUAAGCUCACAAAUCGAUCAUGAAAAUGUACCAGAACUUGUGGAAUUGCUCACAUUCGCAGCGAAUAAUAACACUUCAGAUAAAUGCGUGAUGAGUAUUGUGAGUGCGUUAACUCUGCACGGGGAGAGCUUAAAGGUGGAUGCCGCUGUGCAGAUUGUAUGGGCAUUAACCGAAUUGCAAAAUUUUAAGCCAUCACACGAUAGACUGCUUCAUAAUUGUUUUAAUAUAAUUAGCUCAAAAAUAAUGCAACUGUCCUUCGAAAAAGUUGAUUUGAUUUUACAUAAAACUAUCAACAAGACUGUAUUGAAGUUCGAUUCAUUUUAUUCCGAAGACCUUCUGGACGCCGCAGCCCAACAUGCAGUGCAGAAUGAUAUUGGCUUCACCAACGCUAUGUUUAUCUUGAAAAAAUUUAACAAACUUAGUUUUGUAAACAAACCUCUUUUGGACUAUACAGCGAACAAGGUGCUAGAAAAUCCACAGUGGAUAAAGUCCUCGCGACCUGCUCUAUAUUUAGGCUUCUUGACCGCAUUCUCUAUCGCAAACUAUACACCCAGCAAUUGGGAGUCGAUAAAACCGUACUUAUUCGAAAACCCAAUAGUCCGCUCUGCUAGAAAUGAGCUGCCUUGGAUGAAAUUCAACUUAGAACUUCUUUCGAUCGGCUGCUAUUCAAAAGAUCUACUUGAAAAAGUAUUUGAUGAUGAUUUCCUUGACUUACACUUAGCACGUGAGCAAAAUCUCUUAGACUAUCUGCAGAUGUUGUUACUUUAUCAAUGCACGCAGACAGUAUACGCACAAUAUGAUGGCAAAUUGCCAGAUCGCAGAUUUAUUGAUAAAGCGAUCGAACUGAAUUUCGAGAAGCAGCAAUUCCCUCUGAAAGCAUGUCUAGAAAAUAUUUUUGGUGGCGAGGAGUACGUUGGCACAAAGAUCUCAACACGUUUCGGCCAACUUAUUGACCAUAUCAUCGUUUUUGAUAAAGAUCAACGACCAGUCAUUGUAAAUGAGACAGCGACACCGGAAACGGAGCAAGCGGUAAUGAUGAUUGAAGACAUCAAAAAGGAAAGCAGCAACAUAGUGGCAAUAUUAGCCUGCCCAAAAUCAUACUACACCAUCAAUAGCCACAGACUGAAGGGAGUUUUCCACCUAUGGACGCAGACACUGGAAAAUUUAGGAGUCCGGGUUCUGCCGGUGAACCUCGAGCAAUGGUCCAAUCUCCCGGAGCAGGAAAGACUACCCUACCUCGAACGAGAAGUUAAAUUUACCUUGCAACGAUGACAAAUAUAGCAGACUCCAGUAGACCAAAGUGUAAUUUGAUCGAUUAAUAAAAAGAGGUCAAAAU